UUCUGUCAGCCGUGCUUCCCGCGGACGGUGGGAAAUAAGUGUUCGCAGAAAUCGAUCCGUGCGGGAGCAACAAACACAUCCAAGAUGGAGACCGCUAAAGCCGGACAUCUGAUGAGCUUAGCCGCUCUGCAGAGACAGGACCCGUACAUAAACAAACUGCUCGACGUUACAGGGCAGGUAGCUCUCUACAACUUCAACUCGAAAGCGAACGAGUGGGAGAAGACAGAAAUCGAAGGCACCUUAUUUGUUUAUUCUAGGUCUGCCUCCCCUCACCACGGCUUCACCAUCAUGAACCGACUGAGUACGGAGAACCUGGUAGAGCCGAUCAACAAAGACCUGGAGUUCCAGCUGCAGGAUCCCUUUCUGCUCUACAGGAACGCCAACUUGGGCAUCUACAGUAUCUGGUUUUAUGACAAGAAGGACUGCCAACGCAUCGCUCAGCUGAUGGUCAAGAUUGUGAAGCAAGAAGCGGACCACGCCCAGAGGGGAUCACCGGAGAGGGCGGGGUUAGCGAGGACCAAUGGUGUCGCAGAGCCACGCCCCAUCGAUAUCCUGGAACUCCUCAGCAAAGCCAAGGAGGAGUACCACAGGAGUCAGACAGGUGAAAUAGAUGUGUCCACUGCUACGGAGCCAAGUGUGAAACCCACUGUUAAUGCUACUGAGCAUGUCCACAGCACCCCACAGCCUGAGAAGAGUUCUCAUACCGGUGUGAAGCAGAUCACUGUUGAGGAGCUCUUUGGUUCCUCGAUCCCGAAGGACCCCUCUCUACCCGCCAUGCCCGCCCAGAACACCACCACUGCCCCCAGUGACCCCACGUCUCCCUACCUGCAGAGCCAGCCUUAUCCCACAUCGGCCCAUCUCGACCCUCUGCUCCCUCCCCACCUCACAGCACCGGACACUGCGCCCAACCAGCGCAACCUCGCCCCCGGCCUGCUCCCAGCCCCAGCCUCCUACACACUCCAUCCCAGCCCUGUUUUCCAGUCAGUAGGCCCCGGGUCCGACCCCCAGCCCCGGUGCUCAGUCUCCCCACUCAUGGUGCCUCCAGCUGGUUCAGAACCUCGUGCAGCUCCCCCCGGUCCCGCGGCACCUUCAACUCCCACGUCCUACCUGGGACAGGAGAUCCUCGGCACGCUCAAAUCGGCAGUGCCCUCGGUGAACUCGGACAUCCACAAGCCCAUCUUGGCGCCCAACUUCCUGCCUAGCACGCUGGUCCCGCCCCAGAGCUUCCAGGAGCUGAUGGGGAAACACCUCCUCCAGCAGGGAAAGGAGGUGGAUGUCUUCUCUCAGGCCCCAAACCUGAUCAAAGCAAUGCCUGCUGUCCCCAUGAACCCAGCUCUCACUGUACCGGGGGCAGGUCCAGGCCUUUCUGUGCUUCUCUCCCCCAGCGCCUUCCAGCACUCUGUUAACAAGACCACAGCAGCAGCAGCCACAGCACCGGUGGUCCCCCCUGCCCCCUCCAACCCCUCCGGCUCUGCAGGGGCUGUCGAGGCCCCCCAAACAGCCUGCAGCAAGACGCAGCUACAAGACACUCUGAUACACCUCAUCAAGAAUGACCCAGCCUUCCUCAGUGCCAUUCACGAUGCUUACCUGCAGAGCCUGUCCAAGGACUUCAGCAACAUCAAGCUAUAGCCCCACCUCAGCGAUCAAAACCGUUACCAAACCAUAUAGAAACAGGAGCUGCAAGACCACAACCAUCACUCUGCAUCAAAAGUUCUUAGUCCAGUAAUCAAAAUAGUUAGACUCACUUUUUUCUGGGGACGCAGGUUCAAUAAAACGUAAGAAACUCUUCUUUUGUGCUGGCUGAACCCAAAAACAAGCCUGUGGUGUGUUUUGGGUCCCGACCCGUAGUUAAACACUGCCUUACACCCGGCUUUCCAGCAAGUUCUGCAACAUCAUUUUAUAACCCAGCGUCCGCCGUGACCCUGUACUCUUCCUCAUCUGUAUUUGAACCAGAAACAGCAAAAAAAAAAAAAAAAAAAAGACUGGUAACUCUUCAGGACUUCUAGUGUUGGAAAGACAUGCAGACGAGACCAGACGUUGAUGGGACUCAAACAAAUGCAUCUAACAGCCGUUUGACACGCUGUAUAGCACAAAUCUGCAAAACUCAUUUAUACUUGUGUGCGUUAUUAGGCUUGAGACAGCAUGCCCGUACCAUUUAACGCUCUGCUUAGCUCAAAUCUCUUCGCUUUUGGAGUCUUCACCUGAACUUUGACUCUGUCCUGCGUCUCACUGUAAACCGGAUUGAUAUCUUGCCUACAAGUGUCAAAGCAGAUCUAUUCAGAGAGGGACCCGUGGCUUCUUUUGGACCCUAACUAUAGUCCUGUGACCUUGAAAGUCUGUGGACAGGAUUUAUAAAGGAAAAUAAACUUCCACUAUGGCUUGGAGCCAUCCUGCCGGCACAGAACAAGUAUGGUAAAGCUGUCAGCCAUGGACUAGUGAAAUUUGGCUGUCGCUGAUAAUGUUCUCUUGAAGAUGGGACCAUAUUUGAGAUUUGGUGACCUCUUAUCCCUUCACUCUUGACCCUGACUCUUGGACAAAUCGAGCACAGUAUGAUCCAGAAUUUUGCAGCUGGGAAUCAUGGCCUCCUUCUUCUUCUCUCCACAAAGCCUGGCAGUCAUUGCAGUGUGAGACUAUGGGAACCGUUAACCCACACACAUUCAGACUGCUUGGUAAGAAAGAGGGACUGACCUCUGUGCUGGGGACCUCUGAACUGUUUUGGGGGUCUGUUUUUUCGGAGUAUCCCACUCUCUGGAGCAAAAAGGAGAACUCAUUUUCUUGAUUUGCCCUCACUUACUUUCUAAACCAUAUCCCUUUACAAAUUAAUGUUGAUGCCUGUAUAUUUUUGGUGUCACCACAGAUGCACUGAACAGCCGCACGGGUUUUUGUGGCUUUUUGCGUUGACAGUGUCGCGAUAAGAGGCAGACUUGGUGGGUUGAGUGGGGGUUCUCGCCUCGUCAAAGGAAGACAAGGACUUCCAUGAUUGUUUAGUGAAGCACUUGCAGCUACAAGCUCAGACUGAGUCAGUUACAAUCCUCUGCUUUUGGUAAAGUUAUGUUGCAGACCGCAGAUGUGUUCACACACAAACACACACAGGUAGACACGCACAAACCGCUUCUGUCCACAUUUCUCUCUGAACUCUCUCUCUCCUUCCCUCUCUCCCUCUCUCUCUCUCUCUCUCUCUCUCUCUCUCCCUCUCCCUCACACUUUGUGUCUGUCUCUCGUCUCCCCUCCACCGGCUAAGCUCAUACCGCUUGAUGUCCUCGAGGUGGGGGGAGGGACAUGUGCAAUAGAAGACAGCCGCAAUGCCUUUUGGGAUACCAGCAUUUUGGGAUAUUUUACGAUGGUACAGUUGAGCUUUGUUAAUCUGAACCUCUGACGUCUGAAACAACCUGUAUCAUAUUUUCCCAUUGGUUCAGAUCAGCAAAGGUCAACCUUACUGUUACUGUUUUUUGUUUUGUUUUGUUGUGUUGUCUUUUUUGUUUUGUUUUUUUCCUAAGCAGCCUUCUGUAUGAAUAUGCUUUGUUAUACAAAGACUGAAAGGGUUGUGGUAGUUAUUGGGCUCCUUUGCAGUAAAAGUCUACUGCAGCACAGAGGAACCUUAAGCCCUGCAAUCCGCGAUGGGAACAGGAAACCGCGCAUCUGUCUCCACAUAACUCGAUUUGCCGAUCGGCUGUCGCCCCUUUUAGCGUGAAAACAUUUGAUCUCCUCAGUCAGCUUUAAAAAAAAAAAAUUAAUGAUUUCAAAACCAUGCCAGAUGAAAUAUUAAUCGGUUUGAUUUGACCUGGUGUCUUGAAACAUAUUCAGCAUGCGUCGGAUCAUGAAAACAGUUCAGGAAGUAAUGGAAAAAUCGGAAAAUGUAGGUUAUGAGGUUUUCACGUGUCAGCAGCACUGUCCGAUUCGACGUCAGAGGUCAGCUCGUGAGCGACCUGGCUGUCUCUUAGUUGCACAAGCGGAGGACACACAGCGAUGUUAUGUGGAUGCAGAUUUUUUUUUUGUUUGUUUUGAUUUUCUACACGUUCUGUCGUCUGUGUGAUAGUCUUCUUCUAAAUGAUCGAUAGACUUAGCCAUUCCAGAUGGAAACUUCAGAGCUAGACAUUACCAACUUUUGUGUUUUUAUUUUGUAUCUUUUUUUUUUUUUAAUGAAAUGCAAAGAAGAGGGCUCUUUUUGAAUUUCAGUUGACUCACUCAACGUGCAGAUGAAGCUUAAAAAGUUCACAUAUUAAUCAGAAAAUGUUCAUGUUAUUCUACAUGGGGAAUUUUCUGAUAGGAAAUCAUUUUAAUUAGAGUGAUAUAAGUUUAUGCAUAAAGCCCCCCCACCCUGAUUGUGAUACUUUUUUUGUAUUUGGUCCUGCAAUUUGAAUGUAUUUGGUACUUUCUAGCAGUAUCUGUUCAUGUGCCACUUUUUUUUUUCCAUCUGGUGUCUGUGUGUUUCAGUUGAGCAGCACUCAGAUCAUUAUGCCUUUAACACCAGUUGUUUAAAUGAAAUUAUUUUUUGAGCAAAACAAAUUUCUCAGAUAAAGGUAGCAAGUAAAAACUUUAUACAUCAUGGCAAGUGUCCAGUACCAAGACAGUAAGUCAAAAUAUUUUGCGUAGUUGAUUUUCCCUGUUAUCAUUCAUUUCAGAGGUUUAUUUGCCAACAUUGCAGACUCGUAUUCGUUACUCCAAUGCACACAGAAAAAAAAAGAGAAUACAUUUAGAAAUUGUUUUAAUCCCACUUCUCAUAUUUAAGCUUUUAUGGUUAUUUUAUGCCUUGGUGUAAUGUAUCUUAUUGGCCAGAAAUAUGAUUUUGCUCAUUGUUUUUUGGGAAGCGUAUGGAAAUUGCAUUCAUUUAAAAAAUAAUAAUAAAUUUGUCACUGUGUGUAAUUUGGUUUAUUAUGACUAUUUUGUGAUAUUAAAGAUUAGAAAAAU